GGGGCGGGGCGCGGGACGUGCUGUCGCGUCGCCGCGGGCUCCAUGGGCGGCGGCGGAGCAUGUGUACUCUGCUGUGGCUCGCCGGGGACCCUCUAGGCGGCCAGAAGCUGAAGCCGGCGGCUGCGGGACCACGGCCGCGGAGGAGGAGGGCCAGGGCAGCCGGAGGCAGGCCGGGCGUCCCUCUCGGGGACCGAAGGGCCCCGGCUUCGCGGGAGUCAUGGCAUCGCUGGCGGAGAGAGUGAGGGGCAACGGGCGCAUUGCCGCCGGGCUCCUGCUCAACCUGCUGGUGUCCAUCUGCAUCGUGUUCCUCAACAAAUGGAUCUACGUGCACCACGGCUUCCCCAACAUGAGCCUGACCCUGGUGCACUUUGUGGUCACCUGGCUGGGCUUGUACCUCUGCCAGAAGCUGAACAUCUUUGCCCCCAAGAGCCUGCCGCCCUCCAAGCUCCUCCUCCUGGCCCUCAGCUUCUGUGGCUUCGUGGUCUUCACCAACCUUUCUCUGCAGAACAACACCAUAGGCACCUACCAGCUGGCCAAGGCCAUGACCACGCCGGUGAUCAUAGUGAUCCAGACGCUCUGCUACAAGAAAACCUUUUCCACCAAAAUACAGCUCACGCUGAUUCCUAUAACUUUAGGUGUAAUCCUAAAUUCUUAUUACGAUGUGAAGUUUAAUUUCCUUGGAAUGGUGUUUGCUGCUCUUGGUGUUUUAGUUACAUCCCUUUAUCAAGUGUGGGUUGGAGCCAAACAGCAUGAAUUGCAAGUUAACUCGAUGCAGCUGCUGUACUACCAGGCUCCCAUGUCAUCGGGCAUGCUGCUGGUCGCGGUGCCCUUCUUUGAGCCCCUGUUUGGAGAAGGGGGGCUCUUCAGCCCCUGGUCAGUCUCUGCUCUGCUUAUGGUGCUUCUAUCUGGAGUAAUAGCUUUCAUGGUGAACUUAUCAAUUUAUUGGAUCAUUGGGAACACUUCACCAGUCACCUACAACAUGUUUGGACACUUCAAGUUCUGCAUCACUUUAUUUGGAGGCUAUGUUUUAUUUAAGGACCCGCUGUCAGUUAAUCAGUGUCUUGGCAUGUUGUGUACAUUAUUUGGCAUCCUCGCCUAUACCCACUUUAAGCUCAGUGAACAGGAAGGAAGUAAGAGUAAAUUGGUACAACGUCCUUAAUUGGGUUUUUGUGGAGAAAAUAAAACCAUCCCAAGAUUAAAAAAUGUUAAACCUGCAAGUUGCU